AUGAAAAAAUUUGUUUUUCCUGCACUUCAGAUAACAACACUAAAUAUUACUGGCUACGCAGUGCUGAACAAGAAACAGCUGAAUCUGCUCUAUGGGCAUCAUUCACCGUACCACCAUCCAAUCGCUUUAGAAAGACUAACGAGCUUGCUCGAUCGGCAAGACGGACUGCAGAAAUCAAUCGAAAAAGAUCUGAAAAAACUAACAGAAGCAGAAAAUUUUGGUCUGUGCGUGAGAACGCCUCGACGGAAGAAACGAUUCGGCGUUGUUCUAUCCCCAUUUUUAUUGUCGCCAUUUAUCCUCGCUCCUGGAACCGUCCCUCUCAUUUUCACUCCAAUCGUACUGUCACCUCUAGCCUUGCACCCUUUUAUCCUCGCCCCCGGUGUGUUCAAUCCAUUCGUCCUGUCGCCUCUCGCGCUAUCACCCUUCAUACUAUCACCGCAAGUGGCAACUCCAAUAAUACUAUCGCCGAUGGUACUGAAUCCACUAAUUCUGGCACCAAUGGCAUUAUCACCACUUGUUUUAAGUCCAUUCGUACUGUCGCCUCUAAUUUAUUCGCCGCAGCGCAUGUUCGCACUGGUACUAAGCCCCAACGCCCUUUCCCCUCUGAUUGAAAGUAAUUUGACUGAGAGCACCGUUAUUCUGUCGCCAAGUGCUCUAAGUUAG